UUAAUAUUUUGGGGGUAUUUUGGAGGCAUGAUACUUCUUUAGGAUCACGAUGACGGGUAGCAUGAGGACUUCCAAUCGGUGGACGACCAUGAGUAAAUCAAUAUGGAGAGUUAUCAUCGUUCACGCCAUCGUCUUGUGGAAUGUUGGGAGAUCACAGCAUUUAUCGGAGGUCCGCCUUUCGAACGGUACCAGUCAGUAUUCGGGCAUCGUGGAGAUCCUUGACGGGGCAAGGUCGACGUGGUUGACGGUGUGCCACACCCCAUCUUGGAGUAUCAUUGACGUACAGGUGAUCUGUAGACAGCUUGGUCAGGUGGGAGCCAGUCGGGCGUUCACGGUGGAGAUGGUCAACCCAGACAGACCGGUCGCCUACUAUGAUCAACAGUUCAGCUGUACAGGAACCGAGACGGAAGUCAACGAUUGCCCCCGGAUCCCCAUUGAUACCAGUACCCUCGAGGCGUGUCAACCGGCCUGGGCUAGUUGCUAUGAUGAGCAUUACCUCGGUUGUUACGGCGACAACCGAUACGACCGUGUUCUGACCGCGGCAACCUACCCGAUGACCGGCUUGAUGUCACCGCAGAUCUGCAUGAACUACUGCAUGGAGCUUGGCCAUUUGUACGCUGGGGUCGAGUACGCGAGUGAAUGUUACUGCGGUAGUGCGGACGCGGACUACGCGCGGCAGCAACGUUACGCGGAUAAACACUGUCAGGUGACCUGCGUCGGGAACCCGACGGAGAGCUGCGGCGGUGUGCAGAAGAUUGCAGUCUUUCGCACUAUCUUGCAACCAACAUCAGCCCCGACAACAACAGUUGCGACCACCAUAGCCACAUCGUCACCCAUCACAACCUCUGUUGCAACACCGGAAGCAACGAAAGCCGCUUCCACAAGAGGUCCUCGGACAUUCAAGAUAUCUACGACAGAGAGGGGGGCGCCACCUACGAUGACCAUUGGCCAGGACCAGCCCUCAACGACCAUGGUUGUUAUACAGCUUACAGGACAAAAAAUUUCAACAUCAACUAUUGCCGGGCUGGCAGCAGGGGGCGGUCUUCUCUUUCUAGUGUGCUCAGCCGUGCUUCUCUUCGUUUCGUUACUCUACAGACGUCGACGUAAAAAGGCAUCAAUCAUGGAGGACCCAUCUCCUUACGCAUUGUCCUCCUCGGUGGAGAUCGUCAUGGACACAACCUACCUAGAUCCUAUGAACUCUAUCGGUGACUCAGCCGUCUACAGCGGACUCUCUCAUGUCUCUGAGAGUGAAUUUGAAAGCACCUUCGGCGGAGGAGGAGGCGGAGGCGGAGAACGAAGUGAUUUCUCCACCUAUUUGGGACUGACUUUCAAGGAGAUGCAACGACGAAACGAGGACGAGUACGCGUCUCUCAACGCAGGCCUCAAGAAAGAAGGUAGCUUCGCUACGAUCGCUACGACCAAGAGCGGCGACAUCGGGGACGCAAGCGAGGAGGCAACGUACAGCGAUGCGUCAGGGUUUGAAACAAGCAAUGAGUCGGGUGGAAAUGCAGUACCUAUGGCAAGUCGGGUUGUAGGACAGCCUGUCGAAGGUGUCCUAGGACAAGAACUGUACGAUGAGCCACACAAGUCUGGAAUAUACAUCUCAGGGACAGGUCUUUGCCCUUUUAAACACGGAUUCGAGUUUGAUGCUGGAGUGUAUUCCCCAGUUCAUCAGGCAUCGUAUUGCGAGAUCGGGGGUGGAGCAACUGAAAUUCAAGAUAAAAAGCUUGAGCAAUCCUCCACUUUGGCUGAAACAAGGGAGAAACGUGGUAAGAUAAGAUCACCAGUUUCUCGGGAAUACGCAAGCGUGUUCCCGCACCUAUCGCAGAUGGAAUUUCACGAGAAUCAACUUGACAUCGGGACAGACGAAUGUCAAAAUGGCGGCCGUUUAGAAAGUGGAGACUAUGCCACGGUAUCAGAUCUAGACUUCAAGAGUAGAACGUCGUGUCUCCCGAGCGAUAUACCAGGAGAUAAACAAAACCAGUUUAGAACUUUGCCAGCCAUUGCCAGAAUUAGCCAAGAACCGCAACUUCGGGCCGGUAACUCGCGGAAUGGUGAUUACGAUAGUGUUUAUUUCGAAGGACGAACGCAAUCCAAAACACUUCCAGAUUCCAGGAGAAGGCCAAGGAUUGAGAGUGUCCCCUUUCCAUCUGUUCUUUAUGCAGACUACGCCACCAUUGGGAACGAAAGUGAUAUGCAAUUCAAGUAUGAUUUCGCAAAUGAUGACACCUUUGAGACAGAAGAUGUUGUCAACAACAUGGACCAUUCAUACUCCUAUGUAGAUCACAAGAAACUCCUGAUAGCAAAGAGCAAGAAAUGCUCCGCCAAAGACCUUUCACUUUCUUCUGAAGGGAGCGCGAGCAGCCCAAGUUACGUAAACGUAAAUGGAACAGAAAAGAGCUCGAAGACCACUCCAAGGAUAUCCGUGUCUUCCAUUUUGUCCCAGAUGUCUCCUCGAGGACAACUGCGCAAGUAUUCAUCCCUUGAUGAAGAGUAUAACGACAAGAAAGCACUCGAUACAAUCAAACCUGUAGAUAUUAAAAAUAGGAAACCCUCAUCGACAAUGCCGAGGGGUUUACGACCGUCGGAAGUAGAAUAUGCUGUAGUGGAUAAGGCAUCAAGGAACUCUGAGCCAGCUCUAGUCGCUCAAAAACUAUCGAGUUCAGACGACUAUGACAUCCUUCAACAUUCAACUCUGGACUGAAUAGAAGAACAGCGCGCCCUCGAAAUGGAGGAUAUUCCAUAAGCAAGCCCUAUUACAGAGAAGAAACAUGUUAAUAGAGUGACUAUUUGAAAACACUCUGGUGACUAUAUCAAAAUACUGUGCCUACAUUAUGUCACACUGUGUUUUCACGCUAGUUAUAACACGCUGACACAUUCACGUCUAUUUUUUAUGCCUUCAGAAUGUUUGAACUGUAACUCAUUGUAUCGCACUGUUACACUCUGUUAGACAACCUGUGUAACAAUCAGAGACACAUUGUGUGACACUCAACCUGUGACUGACACUCAGAGACACGCUGUGUGACACUCAACCUGGCAUUGACACUCAGAAACAUACUGUGUGACACUCAGAGACACACCGUGUGACACUCAAUCUGUCACUGACACUCAGAGACACACUGUGUGACAUUCAACUUGUCAUUGGCACUCAGAGACACAAUGUGUGACACUCAACUUGUCAUUGGCACUCAGAGACACACUGUGUGACACUCAACCUGUCAUUGGCACUCAGAGACACACUGUGUGUCACUGACACUCAGAGACACACUGUGUGACACUCAACCUGUCAUUGGCACUCAGAGACAUACUGUGUGACACUCAACCUGUCAUUGGCACUUAGAGACACACUGUGUGACACUCAACCUGUCAUUGGCACUCAGAGACACACUGUGUGACACUCAACCUGUCAUUGGCACUCAGAGACACACUGUGUGACACUCAACCUGUCAUUGGCACUCAGAGACACACUGUGUGACACUCAACCUGUCAUUGGCACUCAGAGACACACUGUGUGACACUCAACCUGUCAUUGGCACUCAGAGACACACUGCGUGACACUCAACCCGUUAUUGACACUCAGAGACAUACUGUGUGACACUCAACCUG